AUGGAAAAAAAUUAUAACAACCCAGAAUAUUCCAUCACACAACCAGGAGUGCCAACAAAUCAGUUAGAUCAUAAUGAAGUAAAUAAACAAAUGUAUGAUUACUAUUAUAAUAAUCCUAAUGGGAUGAUAAAUAAUAAGGGAGGAGGGUAUAACAAUAUACUUAAUGAAAGGAAUUUUAAUGGUAAUAAAAAUGUAGAAGCGUAUUAUUAUAAUAAUUAUAACACUAGUGCGUAUGUAAAUAAUUAUAAUAAAAACAAUAAUAAUUUUAACAAUUACAAUAACAGCUAUAAUAAUAGCUACAAUAGCUAUAAUAGCGUCUAUAAUAGCAUUAACAAUAACACAAACAAUAAUAUGAGUAAUAACAUUAAUAAUAUGAAUAAUAAUAAUAACAGUAUCAAUAGCAAUAGUAUUAAUAUGAAUAAUAAAAAUAAUAUUAUUUAUGAUGAGUCAGGAAAUUAUGUUAUGAAUAAUUACACAUAUAUGAUGGACCAGUCCUAUUGUCAUGUGAAUAAUACGAUGCAUCCAUUAAGUAACACAUUGGAUCCUUUUAACAAUUCCAUAAAUAGAUAUCAUAAUAAUAUUGAUGAAAACUGUCCAAAUUUUCAUUUCAAUAAUUUAGAUCCAAAUUUAAAACCAGCUGGGAAGUACAAAAUGGCUGGAAAUAUAACGUCCAAUAGUUCUUUUCAUUCAUCUAUAACCAAUUAUAACAGUGAAGAUAAAAAAAAUAUAUUAGAAAUGACAAAUACUACUACAUAUAAUGUAAAUACAUUGUUAAGAAAUAAUAUUUUAUCUUCUGAAUAUUUUAGAUCCUUAAUUACACUUAAAACGUUUAAAGAAGUAGUGGACGAAAUACAUUCUUAUGCCGAUCAUGUGGAACCAUACUGUAUUGGUAGCAAUAGAGCUCCUUCUACCCUUUUUUGUUGUCUCUAUAAACUCUUUACCAUGCAUUUAUCUGAGAAGCAGCUUAAGGGACUAAUAGAUCACAAGGAUUCUUGUUACAUACGGGCAUGCGGAUUCUUGUAUUUGAGAUAUGUUCACUCCCCUGCGAACCUAUGGAUGUGGUUUGAACCAUAUUUGUUGGAUGAAGAAGAAUUUAUUAUCUCAGCCGAUAAAAGAAAGAAACUAACCAUGGGUGAAUAUAUUCAAAACUUACUAUCGGACGAUAAAUAUUUCAGCACAGUUCUCCCGAGGUUGCCAAUAAAAAUAAAAAAUAUCUAUGGUGCUCGUCUAAUGAUUAUAAGUGAUCACAGAAGACGUUUAAAGAAGAACAAAGAAAAAAUAACAAAAUUUGUAAAAGGAGAACCAGUUAUGGCUUAUGUAAACGGUGAAUGGGAAAAGGGGGAAAUAGGCGGUAUAGUAUAUCACGGAAAAGAUAAAACAUUUGUGAGAGUAAGAAAAAUUGACGGAAACGAAAAGUUGGUUAAUAUUGGGUUUGUUAAACUAGGUUCCAAAGAAUCUGAUAAGGAUAGAGACUUAGAUAGACACGUGGGUAGUGAAAGUAAGAAUGAUAAGAAUGAUAGAAAUGAUAAAAGUCAUAGAAGGAGAAGAAGUAGGAGUGGAAGAAGAAGCAGAGAUAGAAGCAUGGACAGAAGCAGGGACCGAAGUAGGGAUCAAAGCAGAGACCGAAACAAGCACAGAGAUAAGCACAGAAGUCGACACCGAAGCAGGGAUCGAAGUAGAGAUAGACGGAGAAAGAGAAGAACGGGCGAAGAAAGGAAUAAUUCCUCAUAUAACAAAUCACAUGGUGAUAAUCAUGGAGAUAGACCAGAAAAUAAACACAGCAAAAGGUCACAUGAACGAUCUAAUAAAAAAAGAGACAGAUCCUUAUCAAGGUCAAACUCGGAAAAAAGAACACAUCGAAAACAUAAAUAUGAAAAUACAGAAGAUGAAUUAAUAUCAAAAUUUCGAAAAAUAGAAAGUCAAAAAGCCCUUGCAACUGGAAAAGAUUAUGCCAGAAGACCUACAUCAUAUAAAUCAUCACUUACAUUAAAAGUUGAUAAUAUAUGUACUAGGAAGAAAUCAAGAUCACGAUCUCCAAAAAGAAUUGAUAGAGUAGUACAUUUACCACAAAACGAUAGUAAAAACAAAGAAAAUGUAACUACAGAAAAUGCUAAACUAAAGGAAUUGAUGCAAAAAUAUAAUAGAGAUGAUGCUGAUGAUCAAAAUGAUGACGAUAAUAAUAGUAAUAAGAAUAAUAAAAAUGAUGGGAAAAAUAAAAUAAAUGCAAAAGAUUUAGAAGAAUUUGAUGUUAUGACACUAGGGUAA